AUGAGGAGCCUGGUGGUUUUCACUUUUUUGUCUGGUGCAACAAUCUCAACAUGCAUUGCUUACUUUGUCCCAGCCUCUGGAUGUGGCCUUCCCUCUUUCCCUCCUGUGCUGAGCAGGGUGGUGGCAGGAGAGGAUGUCAGGCCUCACAGCUGGCCCUGGCAGGUCUCGCUGCAGUCAGACAGCAGUGGGCGCUGGAGGCACGUCUGUGGAGGCACCCUCAUCUCUUCUGACUGGGUCCUCACUGCUGCACACUGCAUCAACGACCGCUACAACUACAGCGUGGAGCUGGGUAAACACAGCCUGAAGAUGAGCGAGGAGGGCUCGAAAGCUCUGAGGGCGGCUACGAUCAUCACUCAUGAGGACUACAACGUCCUGCUCAGCCGUAACGACAUUGCCCUGAUCAAGCUGUCUUCCCCCAUCUCCUUCUCUGACACAAUCAUGCCCGCCUGUCUCCCAGACCGGGCCGUCGUCAUGGCCCACGGCGCCCCCUGCUACGUCACCGGCUGGGGUCGACUCUCCACCAGCGGUCCUCCGGCUGACAUCCUGCAGCAGGCACUCCUGCCAGUGGUUGGCCACGAUACCUGCUCACAACCCGACUGGUGGAGCGUCCUGGCUACAGACAAGAUGGUGUGUGCUGGAGGUGACGGCAUCACUGCUGGGUGCAAAGGAGACUCUGGUGGGCCCCUGAAUUGCCAGAACCCUGAUGGCUCCUGGGACGUCCAUGGCGUGGUGAGCUUCGCUUCUGGUCAGGGCUGCAACGUCCUCCAGAAGCCUACCGUCUUUACACAAGUCAGCUCCUACAUCGACUGGAUGAACGCAGUGAGGAAUAUUUGA